GAGCUGAACAUAGUACGAAUAAUCUGAAAAAAGAUAGGCACUGCAGACUUCAGCAAAUAUAAAUUACAUAAUUCAUCAAGAUGAGGAAUAAAGAAAUGGAAUUUUUGGCAACUAGUACACCAAAAAAGGCGGUGAAAGUUCAAACUUCGUUAAAACUUGGUGAGCAGACCGUCAAUCAAAUACCGAAAUCGAAGAUUUGUUACCCUUCGCCUAUAAAUACGAACGAUGGACAAAAUGGAAAAGAAACAAUAUCAGAAGACUUUCCUCCAUUAAAUAUCCCGAGAUUUCAUGGCUCUGAAAACCCCUAUUCGCCAGAAUACCCAAGAGAUCGCCAAAAAAAAUCAAAUAGCCCUAGAACAUCGCAGGAUUCAGGAAUUGCUACCAAAACACAAAUUUUCCAAGGAGACUCAAAAGGUGAUGAAGCUGACGUAAAUAAGAUAUCUGUUGCCGUAAGAAUUCGACCAAUAAGUAGUAGAGAAAUAUUAAAUGGUGGAGAAAAAAAUAUAAUAGAUAUCAGAAACAAUGCUUUGUACGUGGAUGCGGGUGCGCGAAAAAAAAUCAACAUGUAUAAAUUCAACGUUGAUCACAUUUUUCAGUCGUUCGACGAAAAUUAUCCCGCCUACGUUUCACAAGAGAAAAUAUACCAAUGCAUUGGUGCCCCCUUAUUGGAAUCAGCUUUCAAAGGAUACAACGCCUGUCUCCUAGCGUAUGGUCAAACUGGGUCUGGAAAAAGUUUCAGUAUGAUGGGCAGAAGUGAUGCGGAUAUAGAUUCCAAUGAAUAUUCCGGAAUAAUUCCUAGAUUUUGCAGAGAUUUGAUUGUUCGUACAAAUAAUUUGCCAGAUAACUCCUCUGCCAAUUUAAAGAUUAGUUAUUUCGAAAUAUAUAAUGAGAAAAUUUAUGAUUUAUUGGUUGUUGAAGACAUCUCAAAAAGAAAUACCUUAAAAGUCAGGGAGAACCCUAUUUCAGGAGCCUAUGUUGAAAAUUUAAGCAUAAAAGAUGUGAGAACUUAUGAAGAAAUUCGGCUUUGGUUAUUGAUAGGCAAUAAAAAUCGAGCCAUUGCUGCAACAAGUAUGAAUGAACAAUCAUCUAGGUCUCACAGUAUUUUCAGAGUAGAGCUGAAUUUCUUAAAUGGCUUUGAUAAUGGUGAUGAGGACAGCAGAAGUAGAAAGAGUAGUGUAAGUUUAGUAGACCUUGCUGGGAAUGAGAGACUAGUGAAUGACAAAUCAAGAAAUAGUAAUAAAGAAAACACACAAAGAUUAGAAGAGAAGCAUCGUGAGAGUAUUAGUAUCAAUAAAUCCCUCCUGACUUUGGCACAUGUAAUUUCAUCCCUUGCUGAUAAGAAAACUCAUGCACCUUACAGGGAUUCUGUUUUAACUAGAUUACUGAAGGACAGUAUAGGUGGAAAUUCCCUUACAACUAUGUUGACAACAAUUAGCCCUUCAAAUUUGUGUUUGGAAGAAACACUAGCUACCUUGAGAUUUGCUUGUAAAGCACAACAGAUAGUAAAUAAAGCACAAGUAAACGAGAAUCCUCAAGAAAAAAUUAUCAGGGACUUAAAAUCCCAAGUUUUAAAACUCAAGUUACUACAGAGUAAUUAUGAAAACACAAUGAAUUCUGAGAAAUUUCUACAACUUGAUGAGAGAAAUGAAAGUCAAAUAAGGGAACUCGAAAAAUUAAGAAUCAGGCUCAAUGAAACUGAAAGUAAGUUAGCAGAAGCCGAAGUAACCUGGAAAAAAAAAUUUGAAGAAAGUAAAGCAGCCCAACUCACAUCUUAUGUACAGCUUGAGAACCUUAAAGAAGAACUAGAAUCUAAAAGGAGAAUUCUGUCGGAUUAUAGCAAAUCUAUAGAACUAACACCCUAUAAAUCAAAUUUUUUGGAAGAACUUGAAUGUGUACUGAAAGAUAAUAUAGAAACAAAUAUAUCUUCUGAAUUCAGUAUUGUUACAGAUUGGUGUAGGAAAAAUUAUGUGAAUUAUUAUUCAAACUCACAAAGUGAUCUUAUAUUGACAGAUUAUAAGAAUAAAAAACAGGCAACAUUAACACUGAAAGAUUUAAACUGCUUGGGAAAAUAUAAAAGCGUUGAUGAUAUGAUGAAAAACAUAAAUUGGCGUUUCACAAAAUCGAAAAAACUCCAAGAAAAGGAUAUAAUAUCAUCAAUAAAUAUAUUGUACAGAUCACUUGCACACAUACAACCACCAGAUAUAAAUGAAGAUUUGGAUAUUCUAUAUGCAACAAUCAACAAAUCUGUACAAAAAUAUGAACACCUACUUCUGAAUCUGAUUCAAAAAGGAGAAUUAAGAAAUGAGCAAAAUUUAUAUGAGAAUUCUUUAAUGAAUGACUGAUAAUGCUAGCCUGACCAGAAUAUUUUUUGAAUAUAAUUUUAUUCAUUACCAUUAAAUUAUGUAUAUUAGUAUACAAAACAUUUUUUCAGGAAAGUGUGACUGAUCUUUUCAAGAGAAGAACUUGACCAAAAAUAUCAAAUUGAAUGUCUUAGUUUUUAUAUGUACAUUAGUUUGUAAUAUACAUAACUAUACUUACUACAGAGAUAUUAUAUAAUAAAUAUUAUUCCUUACAAACAUAA